AGGGGCUGGGAAAAGGAGUUUUCCACCUCUAAUUCGAGAUCUUUCUCAUAGAUACAAUAUUAAAGUUAUGGCUUUGUUAGAAACCAGAUUGAGUGGUGUUAUGGAGGAUAGAGCUAUUCAGCGUCUUGGUUUUUCUGGUUACUUUCAUCGUGAUGCUGUUGGUUUUUCUGGCGGUAUUUGGGUGCUUUGGAACACUGAUGAAGUUUCAAUGGAUGUUCUUUUUUCUCAUCGCCAACUUGUUCAUACUAAUAUUUGUUGGUCCACGAGGAAUGCGGCUUGGGGGAUAGCAGGUGAUUUUAAUACUUAUUUGUAUGAGUAUGAGAAGCUAGGUGGUAAUGGGCAUAACUGGAAUAGCAUGAGGGAAUUUUGUGAUUGUUUAGAUGAAUGUAGCUUGUCUGACAUUGGCAAUCAAGGUCCUAUUUUCACUUGGCAAAGAAGAAAUCUUCAGGAACGUCUUGAUAGGGUUUGCGCUAAUGAAAAUUGGAACUUGGUUUUCCCUAACCGUGUGGCUUUCAACUUGCCUUUCUUUGGCUCAGAUCAUCGACCAGUGUUAUUAUGGGAAGGUCAACCUGCUAUUUAUCCGAGAAGGGAGCGUCCUUUCCGUUUUCUAGUAUCCUGGUUAACAGAGAGCACUUUUCAUGAGGUGGUUAAUGGAUGUUUGUCAAACAAUGUAAACUGGAUGCAUGCUAUGGAGACAUUUCGGAUUAAUGCUUCGGAAUGGCAUAGAAAUGUUUAUAGGAUUGCUCUGAAAAGAAAGAAUGAUUUGCAUACAAGGAUUAGAGGUAUUGAUAGAUGUCUUAGUUAUCAGUACAGUCAUAGCCUUGAGAUGUUGCAAAAGGAUCUAUGGAGGGAACUAGACAAGAUUUAUCUUCAAGAGGAAAUCACUUGGUUUCAAAGAUCGAAAUUGAAUUGGUUUGCUCUUGGAGAUAGGAACUCGUGUUUCUUUCAUUCUGUGACGGUUGCCAGACGUAGGAGGAAUCGCAUAGAUACGUUGAAAAACUCGGAGGGAGUUUGGAUUGGUGAUCAGCAGGUUUUAAUGAAAAUGGUUGUUUCCUUCUUUGAAAAUCUGUACACAAAAGAUCCAUGA